AUGGCAGACUAUCUUAUCAGUGGCGGCACUUGUUACGUCCCGGACGAUGGACUCACGGCGCAGCAGCUCUUCAACUGCGGAGAUGGGCUCACUUACAAUGACUUCCUCAUCCUCCCGGGCUACAUAGACUUCACGGCAGACCAAGUAGACCUCACUUCCGCACUUACCAAGAGAAUCACCCUGAAGACCCCCCUUGUUUCAUCUCCAAUGGACACAGUCACCGAGGCUGGAAUGGCUAUUGCCAUGGCGCUCACAGGGGGUAUUGGCUUCAUCCAUCACAACUGCACCCCAGAAUUCCAGGCCAAUGAAGUCCGCAAAGUGAAGAAAUACGAGCAGGGUUUCAUCACUGACCCUGUGGUCCUGAGCCCCAAAGAUCGAGUCCGAGAUGUGUUUGAAGCCAAGGCAAGGCAUGGCUUCUGUGGAAUUCCCAUCACAGACAAUGGCAAGAUGGGCAGUCGCCUGGUGGGCAUCAUCUCCUCUAGAGACAUCGACUUUCUCAAGGAGGAGGAACAUGACCGUCUCCUGGGCGAGAUCAUGACUAGGCGGGAGGAUCUCGUGGUAGCUCCUGCAGGAGUCACACUAAAGGAAGCCAAUGAAAUCUUGCAACGCAGCAAGAAAGGUAAGCUACCCAUUGUGAAUGAGGAUGAUGAGCUAGUAGCCAUCAUUGCCCGCACGGACCUGAAGAAGAAUCGGGACUACCCACUGGCAUCCAAGGACACCAAGAAGCAGCUUUUGUGCGGGGCAGCCAUCGGCACUCACGAGGACGACAAGUAUCGGCUUGACUUGCUGGCUCAGGCUGGUGUUGAUGUGGUUGUGCUGGACUCUUCCCAAGGAAAUUCCAUUUUCCAAAUUAACAUGAUCAAGUACAUCAAGGAGAAAUACAACAACCUCCAGGUUAUCGGUGGCAAUGUGGUGACAGCUGCACAGGCCAAAAACCUUAUUGAUGCGGGAGUGGACGCCCUGAGGGUUGGCAUGGGCAGCGGCUCCAUCUGCAUUACACAGGAAGCGGCUCCCAAGAUCCCUCCAGACAUAAAGUCCCACAGCCCUAAAUGCCCUUCUACUGUCACGGGCACCUAUAUGCUGGCAUGUGGGCGGCCUCAGGCGACAGCUGUAUACAAGGUCUCUGAAUAUGCCCGGCGCUUCGGUGUCCCCGUCAUUGCUGAUGGUGGCAUCCAGAACGUGGGUCACAUUGCCAAAGCUCUGGCUCUUGGAGCUUCCACAGUGAUGAUGGGCUCUCUAUUGGCGGCCACCACGGAGGCCCCAGGCGAGUACUUCUUCUCUGAUGGAAUCAGGCUAAAAAAAUAUCGGGGGAUGGGCUCCCUUGACGCCAUGGACAAGAACCUGGGCAGCCAGAACCGUUACUUCAGUGAAGCAGACAAGAUCAAGGUGGCUCAAGGGGUGUCCGGGGCCGUGCAGGACAAAGGGUCCAUCCACAAGUUUGUCCCCUACUUGAUUGCUGGCAUCCAGCACUCCUGCCAAGAUAUUGGUGCCAAGAGUCUAACUCAAGUCAGAGCCAUGAUGUAUUCAGGGGAACUGAAAUUUGAGAAGAGGACGUCAUCUGCUCAGGUGGAAGGUGGUGUCCAUGGCCUCCAUUCGUAUGAAAAGCGGCUCUUCUGAGAAGUGGCCUUGUUUGCUUUUACUGCCUCUCGCCUCUCUCCCUCUCUAGGUUUUUCAAUAAAAAAGCUGGAUAUAGUGGUC